CAUGUGAACCAUAAAUGCGACAUGCUGCAGAUAAGUUGGGUGUCAUCCCAAGCAUCAAGAGAUCAAGAAUUCUCGCUCACUACAACUCAAAAGCAUAGUAUCGAAGCCGUUCACAAUAAACUUCGACAAUAUGCCUUCAAAUCCGCACGUCUUGCAUCCAGACAUGGAAACAAUAAUUAACCUCUUGGAUAAGCAACCCACUCGAAUGUUUACCCGCAACUGUAUUCCCCCCAAGGAUCCCCCUCCAGGAACACCCGAACCCUGUGUAUGGCGAUGUCACGAAUGCGGGCGGAAGUACAAGAUCUCCGUCACAAGCCGCUGUAUUAGGUGUCCUUCAUACAACGCUAAACCCCCUUACAUGUACCUCUCGGGCAAUAGCCCAGACGGCGAACCUACUAGAAAGUAUCGAAAGUCUCCCCUCUCAGGCAGUAGUCCAGAUGACAAAUCUGCUACAAAGACUAGAAAGUCUCCCACAAACCGUACAUACUCAAAACGACCAUCCCCGUCAGUUUAUAACUACGACUACGAGUUCUGGGGUCAAUACAACGACUGGAAACGCUUUGGCUCAGAGUAUGAAGCUAGGCCUGAGAGAUGGGAGAGCCGCAUCAAACGCAAUUUUGACGGCAAGGGUAGUGCACCGCGCCGAGCGGAGAGAUAUAAGUUUGAGGUCGAAACACGCACUUAUUUCACGGAGGAAAGGCUGGAGCGCAUGCUUAAAAGGAAGCAUAACUGUGAACUAGACUGUGAUUAUCCCAGUCAGUGUCAAACAGAGCGUUAUGAAGCAUCUAGGAAGGGAUCCCGGAAAGCCACAGGAGGCAAGGUGCACCCCCCACGGUAUGGCGAUGAUAAGGGAAAUGCAGGUAAGAUGCCCCUUUGUGAGCUUUUACCAGGAUUCGAUCAGGAGAUAACAAGUCCCGAAGACGUUGACGAUGAGGAUGUGAUAUUCGCGGCGUACAAGAGGGAUGUUGAUGCUUGGAACUCGUAUUUCCGUGUCUACCUAAUCCAGUCCAUCAGCACAGCGGUUCCGUGUCGCAUCUCAUACCAGACCAGACACCAAGGUGAAAACACAACUGUUGUACACAGCUCGCGCAAGUCCAAUUAG